AUGCCCAGAUCAUAUGCCGAGGCCGCUAGCCCACCUGUGGCUCAAGAGGCAAUUGCCAAGCUGCAAGAAUUUGGAAUAAAGGUGGUCCCGCAGGACAUCCGUCACUGUUUUCUGCUCCCAACGGGGGGGAGAGGACCGGCGACGGUGGUCGUGAAGUUGGCAGACCACAAGAGCAAGGUUGCCCUGCUUGACCAGCGCCACCGCCUGAAAGGAACGAAGAUUUUUCUGAAUGACAACUUGACUAGCCGAAAUGCCCACAUAGCGAGAAAAGCACGUCAGCUCAAAAAAGAGGGGAAAAUUGCCAGCACCUGGGUCUCUGAUUCCAAAAUCCUUGUCAAGUCGCAAGACAUGAAGAUAAGAGUCAUUGAUGAGUACCAUGACAAAAACAUGUCGAACAACUGCAAGUACUACACAGCGGAACAGUACUACAAUUCCAUGGAUGUGGACGGCCAAGAGACUGAGAUUUCGUAUGUAGAGGGAGAGCAGUGGGAGAUGGCUUUGAUCGGCGUCCUCAUCCUGACCUCUCUGUGGAUUGCGGGCCGAGAGGCCCUCAGCCUGUCUGAAUGUGGAGCACACGCCAGAAGACCCGAAUACACGGACAUCACAGUAAUGUGUGGCACAUCUGCCAUCGAGCUGGCUAUCCAGGUCUGCCCAGUGAUCUACACUGGCUACAAUGCAAGUUUACUGAUCCUCAACCACGUUGUGGGCAAUUCAGACUGUAAGGGUAUCCUAGAUAAUUUGGCGGAACCCCCAGUUGUCAGAUUCAGUUUCCCUAUUCGAGAGGGAACUGCCUGCGGGAGUAAGUUCCUGACCUCAAGUGCAGCAGGAACUGGCAUUUUCUCCGACUUCUCCAACAUCCAACGGGUUAAUGUCAGUGGUGUGGUGCGAUCCUUGGAUCCCACCAUCGGUACGAUAACCUACAACGCUGAGCUCAAAUAUUACUACUCGUGUGCCUACCCUCUGGAAUAUCUUAUUAACAACACCCAAGUGGACGUGUCAUCUGCUUCAAUUGCUCUAAAGGACAACAAUGGCAGCUUCAUCAGCACCCUCAGCAUGGCCUUGUUCCAGGACAAAAACUACACCGUUCCUCUUAUCAUGCCAAAUGAGGGCAUCGAGCUAAGAAAAAAUAUCUACGUGGAGGUGGUUGCGUCCAACCUGACGUCGCAGUACUUUGUGCUUCUGGACCGGUGUUACGCCUCAGUGUCCCAGCAUCCAACCAACUCUACAUUCUUUAACCUUUUUGUCUCGUGCUCCAUCGCCCAGCUGACUACUAUCUUGGAGAACGGCGAGAGCCAAAAGGCUCGUUUCUUCUUUUCUGCUUUCCGCUUCAUCGAGCAGCAAAACGAGACCAUUUCCACUUACUACCUACACUGCAUCACCCGACUCUGCGAGCAGAGCUCUUGCAGCACCUUUAAGCAAUGCAACAAUCGAAGGAGGAGGAAUGUGGAGACUACGGUGUUCCAGGACAGCAUCAAUGAGCUAUCGGUGCUCACCGUCCCCAUAAAAACCAGGACUGAUGAACCAAUCACUCAGUCUAAAGAAGAGGCCCUGUCUGGCAACAACCAGUCUAACGGCAAGGGCGCUUGGGUGGGCCUGGGGAUUGCUGUGGGCGUCCUUGUUGUGCUGGCUGUGACGGCUGUUUUGAUGGCGGCCUCUUUUUAUCGAAAGAUGAAGCUGUUGAGCUAG